AUGGCUGCGGUGAUCUUCGCGCUGCUCGCCACGCUCGCGCCCGCCCUGGCCAUCCAGGUGCCCGCCAGCUACGGCGGCGGCCACGGCCUGGGACUCGGCCUGGGAGGGCUCAUCGGGGGCUACGCCGCCGCCCCCGCCGUGAGCUACGCCCCCGCCCCCGCUGUGAGCUACGCCGCCGCCCCCGCCGUGAGCUACGCCGCCGCCCCCGCUGUGAGCUACGCGCCAGCGCCCAGGAUCGCCUACUCCGCCCCUGCGCCCAUCGCCUACGCCCCGGCCCCCGUCACCUACGCCGCGCCGGCCCCGGUCGCCUACGCCGCCCCCGCCCCCGUCACCUACGCGUCGCACGCCCCGGCGAUAGCGUACGCCGCCCCCGCCGUGGCCAAGGUCGCCGUGGCCGAGCCCGUCGCACACCCUAGGUACGCCUUCAAGUACGGCGUCCACGACUCGCACACCGGCGACGUCAAGAGCCAGACGGAGGAGCGCGACGGCGACGUGGUGCGCGGCGAGUACUCGCUGCUGCAGCCCGACGGCACCACCAGGACGGUGCACUACACCGCCGACAGCCACAGCGGCUUCAACGCCGUCGUCUCCAUCAGCGGCCACGCCGUGCACCCCGCCACCCCCGUCAAGGUGGCCGCCCCCGUGGUGCAGGCCGUGCACCAGGCACCCAUUGCCGUGCAGACAGUGCACCAGGCGCCAAUCGCGGUGCAGGCACCCACCCUGGUGUCCGUCGGGCACGGAGGCCUGGGCGGCCUCGGCUACGGCGGCAUCGGGGGCCUCGUCGGCGGCCACGGCGGCCUCAGCUACAGUGACCUCGGUGGCCACUAUUGAGGCCCUCGCCGAGUAAGGUGUUGCCGUCGACCAGUAGUUCCUAGUUGAGCGUGUCAGGACGGAGGCUGUUUGAUGAACCUCUUCACGCGGCACUGCGUUGCACCGCGUUGCACGGCCCGAGGCCCGAGGUGCGUGACGGCGUUCGCGGCGACGAACGUGACCAACGUGACGCCGCUCUGCCGUGUUCCGGAGCCUCCGGUUGGCCAGCGGCAGGCCAGGCCAAGGCCCUCGGGCCGCUGCAGACCGAUUCCGAGAGUCGUUUUCGUCGGUCUGCGUCUCUCGCGCCGAUAUGGGACGGGGCGUGAGUGCGAGAGAGACAGAGCAACGAAAACGACCCUCAGAAGCAGUCUGCUGGACGCGCCGAGAGAGACAAUGAAUCGUUAGAGUGAAUGCGGAUGAGUGGUGCGCGGAAAAGAUCGAUUAGCUACUCAUUUUGUACGCAGUGUUGACGAUAUUGUUCCAAAGCACAAAAUAAACUAGUGUUGCCAAAACGGA